GUCUGUUUGUGUUGUGAGUGGCGAGCGGGAUGUUGGCUGCCAAGCUGCGGCCUUUUAUAGUCGGCGGUGAGAUGCUGCCUUAUUUACGUUCAUGUAGUUUAGUUUGAUUGUUAGGUGGCUGCAGGAAAAGUGUGGUGUGGGGGCCAAGCUUAGCCCGUGUGUCGGGUCGCUUGGCGGCUGCGGCCACUCGGCGGGGAUGUCGGAGCCAACUCUUCUCAAUCAGUUCGUCAAGGUAACGGGGAGGCUGCAGGCCGGGUCACCAGGCUCUCAGAAGAAAAUCAGAUGGUUCCCCGUUAGGAGACUCUUCGCCCAUCAUUGUCACAGUCUCAGGAUUCCUUACAGGUUUUUAAAGACAGGUCAUGUAGCUCCACCUGCUCGAAGUGGGCACCGCUGUGUUGCAGAUAAUUCAAACCUUUAUGUAUUUGGAGGCUACAACCCAGACUAUGAAGAGUCUGGCGGUCCUGAGAAUGAAGCCUACCCACUUUUCCGUGAACUCUGGCGAUAUAAUUUUGCCUCUGGUACUUGGCAGCAAGUUGGUACAGAAGGAUUCAUGCCCAGGGAGCUUGCAUCGAUGUCAGUUGUUUUACAUGGUAAUAAUCUGUUGGUGUUUGGAGGCACUGGCGUCCCCUUUGGCGAGAGCAGUGGGAAUGAUGUACAUGUAUGCAACAUUAACUACAAACGAUGGGCACUGCUUAACUGUCGAGGGGAGAAACCCAAUCCCAUCUAUGGGCAGGCAAUGGUGAUCAUAAAUGGUUACUUGUAUAUAUUUGGUGGAACAACUGGUUAUGUUUACAACACAGACUUGCACCGAUUAGACCUUAGAGCCCGAGAAUGGAUACAACUAAAACCACAUAACCCUCCUAGUGACUUACCAGAAGAAAGGUACCGACAUGAAAUUGCACACGAUGGACAGAGGAUAUAUAUCCUGGGUGGGGGAACAUCAUGGACAACUUAUCCACUAAAUAAGAUACAUGCCUAUAACUUGGAAACUAAUACAUGGGAGGAGAUACAAACAAAACCACAGGAGCGAACAGGUUUCCCGGCAGCUAGAAGAUGUCAUAGCUGUGUACAAAUAGGACAUGAUGUGUAUGUCUGUGGUGGAUAUAAUGGUGAGGUGAUACUAGGGGACCUGUGGAAGCUCAGUUUACAAAAUUUCCAAUGGGUUAAACUGCCUGCAGAAAUGCCUGAGCCAGCUUACUUUCACACUGCAGCAGUCACCCCGGCUGGCUGUAUGUAUGUACAUGGUGGAGUGGUCAACAUUCAUGAGAACAAGCGGACUGAUUCGCUCUAUAAAAUCUGGCUAGUGGUGCCCAGCCUGUUUGAACUUUGUUGGGAGAGGUUACUGAAGAGCCUCCCGCAGUUAACACAGUUCUCCACUACACAGCUUCUCAAUUUCGGACUCACACAAGGACUUGUGGAGAGACUUAAGUGAUUGCUGGUAAAGGGAUGGAGGGAGGCCCUUCUGCAAAGUGGGUGAUGUUGGAGGAAGCUGCUGGAAAGAAUACUCCUCAAGGCCUUAUCUGCCAUAAGUGUUGGAUGCCUGUUAUUUCUAAACAUCCUGUCACUUCUGCAUCAAGUGCCACUGACUGAUCCCAAUUUUCUCUCUUCCUCAACCCAAGGGGAACUCGUUUUAAAAUGUUGAUUUUAAACUUGUCCUUGCCCCGUGGUUACUCUGGUUUUCAGAGGCAGGACACCCUGCCCCUGAUUGGACUUUGCUUAAAGUCCUAAAAUUUCAGCCCAGUUAUUUAUUAGUUAUUUAUUGGUGAUGGCUGCGUUUCCCUCCUAUGUGCACUGCAUUUUGGCAGGUGUUAUUUUUAAUUCUAAUUUCAAUUGCUGUCAGACCUGCAUAUAUCAAAUAUUUCUGUCUUGAACUUGGAUAUCUACCUUUUCCUUUCCCACCACAAUCUUCACCGUUUUGUUUUUGAUUUGCUUUAAAUCUGUUGUUUUCUGAAUGUUUUGAACUCUUCCUGCUUUAGUCUUGAAGCAAUUGGCAUCCCUGAAAGGUGCAGAGAUUUAAUGAACACUUGGAAUUUUAAGCUCUUGCUCGAAGUUGAGCUGAGCUGUGUCAGGCUUUACUCAAGAAACUCAUUUUAAAAAUGAAGGGAUCAAAAUGUGGAUUUAUUCCUUUUUUAAAUUGCUUAGAUGACCAGAUUUAAUUUUUUUAAAUCUAAGGUUUUCUUUUCCCUUUUGUAAAAUUUAAUAAAGCAUGAUUGAAUUAAUUAAGUGUUUAUCACUACAUUUAAAGUAUUGUAUGUGACCUGUAAGACUACAGGUACGUGGGAAAUGGGACAGGUCACCUGGAAAGAGAUGGCUAUGUCAGACUAUUCAGUUGGUCUGGAUGAGUUCAGAAUUUUAUUGAUCAUUACAACUUCAAGGCAAACUGUUCUUGUAGUUGUGAGUACAAGAGUGUUUUCAGUACUUGAGCAAUUUUGCUAAUUAUUGCUAUCUUCACUUGAAGCAAAGUAAACUUGGAUCACACUGGGAGUGAGGUGGAGAGAUAAAGUGUGGCAGUUACUGAUUUGACUUGAAUAGUAGAAAUAUACAUUGUAUCAAUAGCUGUCUAAUUGUAAUUUUUUUCAUUUAAACUUGAUGUUCCUUGUAUAAUUUAAAUGACAAGCUAGCUUUCCCAUCCUGUUUCACUAAUGUAAUCCACUUCAUGAUAUAAAUCAUCUUCUAUUUUGAAUCUUCAGGUUAAUGUCCUGGUGUGGUGUAAGGUCUUGAACUUAAGGGUUCUACCUCUGUUCCAGAAGUUUUUAGUUCUGUUUUGAAUAACCUCGUGCUGAAUUGGUUAAUUUACAUGGUGCAGACUUCUGUACAAUUUUAAAUGUGUCUAUAGGAUACCGCAAAGCAGUGCAAAUAAACUAAACUGGCAUUGGCAAUUUAGAUGGCUAACCUUGAGGACCAAAUCUUUCACUCCUUAGAUUGUCCUCAAAUUUUUAGUGAAGCAGUGUUUAUGAAUAUACCUUAGCAACUCUAAAGACAAUGAUGCCGAAGCUGACUGUGGUGAUCAGUACUUACCAUGCCUUAUGCAUAUUAAAAUUAUGAUUUAAUGGUAAACUUUAAAUACAAGGAACAGUGAAAUUUCUACAUUACUACAGCACAUCACUCAUGGGCUGAGUUUUGACUUCAACAAAAUAAUUGCCUUCUGAAUGCUCAAAGGCAGCCACGUUGAGUGUUAUGCCAUGUCUCUGUAGGAUCAGCUUGGCUUUUUUAUUUAGAUAAAGUAAAUGCACCAGCUACAAUCAACCAGUUUUGGCUGAAAUUUACACCAUCGGGCCUUGCUGCCUUGCAAGGGUUCACCCCCUGAAAAGUCUGAUGUCUGCUUCCAAGAUAGAUCAUAAGGUCAUCGGAUGCUGCAGAUCUGAAUGCAUGCAGAUUUGGAUGCAGUUAAACAUUCUCUCAGUCCCAACACCCACUUAGAAAUGUUGAAUUACCAUCUUCAGAGCAGGAUGUAAAAAUAACUUAAAACUAGCAAAACCCCAUCCACAUAUCAUCUCCACAUGCAUAUUCAGUACCAGUACUUGGCCAAUUAACUGGAGAAAAUCACCACCAAUUGCACAAAAUGUGAUCUCUCUACCCCGGAGUUGCAAAGCAUUGAGUUGAAGAUUCAUACAGUGUAUCAAAUAUUUGGGAGGUGAUAUUGUGAAUCUAGGCACAAUACUUAAAUGUCUGUUAAUAAUCAAGCUGCUGUAAAAUUGUUUCCCGAGAUGGAAUAGUGUAUGGUUAUGCACUUUGGGAGAAGGAAUAAAAGCAUAGACUAUUUUCUAAAUGGGGAGAAAAUUCAAAGAUCUGAGAUGCGAAGAGACUUGGGAGUCCUUGUGCAGGAUUCACUAAAGGUUAAUUUGCACUUUGUGUCAGUGGAGAGGAAGGCAAAUGCAAAGUUAGUAUUUGUUUUGAGAGGACAAGAAUAUAAAAGCAAAGAUGUAAUGCUGAGGAUGUAUAAGGCACUGGUGAGGCCUCACAGAGUAUUGUGAGCACUUUUGGGCCCCUUAUCUUAAAAAAGAUGUGUUGACAUUGGAGAGGUUUCAAAGGGGAUUCAUGAAAAUGAUU